AUGGGCGGAGAAGGCCAGCAGGCUGGGUGCAGGGUGGCGAGACUGCGAGCGGGGCCGGAACAGCGUGGCAGAACCCAUGUCCUUAGACACUUCAGGGGAGGGCUGAAGAUUGUUGAAAACAUCUACCUUGACACUAUUGCCCAUGCUGAUGUUGCAGAGGUUCUGCAAGCUUUGACAGCUCUUGUAGCCUCCUCUGUGGACCUGACCUCCCUCUCAGUGGAAGGAGCCAAGCUUGACCUGCAGGUUCAUCCAGUCUCCUUCCUCAUCACCAACAGACACUUCAGUGAGAAUCUUCUGGACCCACUUACUAAAGAGCACCAGGAGCUCACCAGAAAGCUUGGUGAUGUGGUUGCAAGAAUCCUGAGGAGAAACAACAAGAGCUUCCUGCAGGUGGUGAUAAGAGGGUUCCUGCCUGGCUCCUUGAUCUGCCAUGGGGAUGUGGUCUUCCAGAAGCCUGCUCCAACCAGCCAGCAAGUUCUGGAGGUGCUGCUUCUCUCAGUUGGACCAGACAAGGCUUUGGCUGCUUCAAACUUCCAGGUGGACCCCUACUUUCUUGCUGUUGGAGAGGCCACUCUGGAGCCCCCCAAGUCCCAGCCAGGCUUUCCAGAGUACGGAGUGGCCAUCAUUGUUGUGUGUGGCCUCUGCAUCAUUGCUGCUCCUGUUGCCAUCCUGCUGUAUCUGAGAACCAAGAGGCUUGGUCGGUGGGACAGACCAGUCCUCUGGGACAGAAGAGACCUUGAAGUAGGGACUCAGACCAUGGAAAUGGAAAACCAAGGAUUCUGGGCAUCCUCUGAGCAGGGGCCUGAGGAUGUGCAUGCCUGCUGUCAGGAUGACUCUGUCUGAGAAGAUAAGGCUGCUGGAGUGAAGAAAUGGAGAGGGGUUUUGGGGAGAGAUCUGCUCAGAAGAUGCUCCUUGAGCUGCAGCUAAGUGCUCCUGGAGGAGGUGUAAUAACUUUGUGUGUUUUGAACUUUUAAUAAACUGUUUCUAGACUGCCAA